CCCUUUUGUGCUGUCCUUCCUUGUGAGGGACCCUGUCCAGCUGUAAUCCUUUUUUUCCUUUCUAGAGCACUUCAGUUCCCUUCCUCCCAUGCUCUCCCUUCUUCCCCUCUCUUCGAAGGCGACCUCACGCGGGGCUUCGAAUAUUCGUUCUCCUCCCGGCUCAGUUUAGUACCAAUCAUCACCGCCGCUUCCAGUACGCAUCCUUCUCUUCUCCCGGGACAAGAAAUUGCAGGGCAGCACUUGAAGCUGGAGGAAGCGGAGGGGUUCGCCAUGGGGUCCGAGGAGUCGUCGGCUGGGGUCGUCGUUCCCAGAAACUUUAGACUGCUAGAAGAGCUUGAGCGAGGUGAAAAAGGCAUUGGUGAUGGAACGGUGAGCUAUGGGAUGGAUGACACUGAUGACAUAUAUAUGCGGUCCUGGACAGGAACUAUAAUUGGUCCUCCCAAUACUGUUCACGAGGGAAAAAUCUAUCAAUUGAAGCUGUUCUGUGAUACAGAUUAUCCAGAUAAACCACCGGCUGUUCGAUUUCAGUCUCGAAUCAAUAUGACAUGUGUGAAUCGAGAAACUGGAUUGGUUGAACCAGGUCUGUUUCCCAUGCUUGGGAAUUGGCAAAGGGAGCAUACAAUGGAGGACAUCCUAACAAGCUUAAAAAAGGAGAUGUCAGCUCCUCAGAAUCGCAGGCUGCACCAGCCUCAUGAAGGUAACGAAGACCAAAGAGUUGAUCAGAAAGGGCUCUCUCUUAGAUGUGUCAUCAUGUAAGAGAAACCCAGGGAAACCCUGUAAUUUGUCGGCAUUCGAUCCUAACUGCGCCCUUGUCACAAUAAAACGUUGAUAACUUUGUUAAAUCCUGUCUUUGCUGAUUCACAGAGGCAUCUCUA